AUGCCCAAGCUUCAGGUUCUCGCCGGCCCCUCGCUCCAGUCUCUCACUCCAAUCAGUACACUCGUGAACAAGAAUGUUCCUUUCCGAAUCUCCACCGCCGAGUGGGAGGGCGAAAUAACCGUUUUCAUCAAAGGUUUCAACGACGGAGACCCUUCGUCAGGCGCCGACGACGAGUAUUUCUCGAGACCAGAUCGUCAGGGCAUUACCUGGAGCAUUCAAGUUCAAGGUAACGCUUCAGUGGUUCCCACCUUUCUCGCGAGCUCACGAAACGCGAAGGCCGUUUCUUGUCUCCCCGCUCUGCAGAUGAUAUCCUCUUUGGCAACGUGUUCGAGCGGCCUCUGCAGCUGCCAUGGGGUACGGGAGUGCUCUUCAAUUCAUGAAAUACAUCGACCCCACUUUGUCGCACGACUUGACCUGCACUGCUACACGCAAACCAUGGGCACUCUCCCCGCUUGUCGCAACCAUGCCUCAUUUCGAGCACGCUCGAUUGCCCCUUGGCGAAACGCCGCCGCCGCCCUUCCACCUGGUCAUUCCAUUGCGGAUGAAACCUCGUCGCUUCAUCUAUGCAGUCACGCGCGUCGCUCAAGUACGCCGUCGUCCAUCAAUUCAUCCAGUUCCAAAUCGAGCAGCUCCAGCCGUGGGAGCAUCUUCAGCAAGCGUAUCCGCAGCAAGAGCCGUGGGUCUAAAAGUCCCGUUGAGGUGGUCCCACAAGGCAUGACUGCGCAGCAACGUCGCUCGUUUUUCAGCGACGAAGGCCAUCGGAAAUCUGUUACUUUUGGACCUCAGGAUGUGAUCACGACCGACUUCUGUUACGGAUUCUUGGAGUUCUCUCCCUCUCUGCGCUUGCGUCUGCCGGGUGGACUGGGCUUCGAUCUGGCUCGAUACUGGGACGGGCAGGGUGUCAGAUUCGUGUGCUGUGAGCGGCGUCAUGACACUGUGGCUGACGACGCGGAUGUCCAUCACGACACCGACUUUUCGAGCAAACCAGAUGACAGCCGUCCGGCAGACGAUCAGUCAGAUCCGUGGGGACCAGUAUUCUGGUGCGUGUCGAUUGAGAUGGCCGACGAAUGAUACAAUCUGACAUGACCACUUUCUUCUCGC